GGAGGAGACAUGCACACGGCGCAAUCUGCCCGUUGACCGCAUUAACGCCGUGACCAGGACCUAUGCUGACGCAGUGAAGAUGGUCGCGAAGGAGAAGGGCAUUCCUGUCGUGGAUCUAUAUGGCGCCAUUGAGAGCUUGGUGGGUGCGAGCAAGCUGAAGAACCCGUUGUUCAAGGCAGUUGCAGACGGGUCGCUCGACAGAACCCAGCAGCAGCAUGUGUUUGGCAUGAUCACCGACAUCGCCAGCCCGUAUGACGGCUACGAGAUGUACCUGGCCGACGGACUGCAUCUGAACCGAAACGGAAACAAACUCUUGGCACGCCUUAUUUUGACAACUGUCAUAUCUGAGUGGCCCGAGAUGAGGCCAAUGGUGUAACAGUCGUACAUGCCUGCUUUCCUUUCUCACUCUGCUCCCUUCACCGGUAGUGGACAUGUUUGGCUUGCAAUCUCUCCUUUUUAUCCUUCUUUCUGCACUUUUGCAUCAUAUACAUAUUUGACUACUUUCACAGAGAGAAUGGUGCUGAAUGUGGACGAAAUUGCCAAAGGGUUUGGCCUGGCGGUCGAGGCUGCCGAGUUUGCUGCCCGCAACAAGCACAUGCAGCGCAAGUUUGUCGAUGUGCUAAAGUACACUCUGCUCGGGAUGAGUCUGACCUACAUAGCGAUGCACGUCCUGGUUUUCUUCCCGCUGCUGCUCUUGCGAGCCGGCAACAGCCUGCUCUCUGUCCUGCUGCGCUACGACGGCUCCCAGGCAUCCGUGUCGCUGCUGAGCACCACGCAGGCCGUCAACCACUUUUUCGACUCUCUGCCGCUGGUGGGUCUUGACCUUGUCAUCCAUGCCAAGCCCGAGCUGUUCGCCGGUGUUUUCUAUGCAGCCCUCGCUGAGAUCGACCCCAAGUACGCCCAGGCCCUGCAGACGUGGCCGCCACGCAAGCACCGCUGGGCGCGCAUAAAGUUCACAGUGCAGCGCACGCUCAAGCGCUACGCAAUGACCCAGGCCGCUGUCCUCUUGGGCCGUCUACCUGUGGUCGGCUGGCUGGUGGUGCCCAUUGGCACUGUGGCCAUGAUGGCCAAGUUUGUCGGCUACCCGGCCUCGGGCGCCAUAGUGCUGGUGUCCGUGCUGGCGCCUGGGUCGAGGCACACAACGCUGUUUAUGUUCAAGUCCAUCAUGGCUGUGCGCGAUUUCAGCCGCGACCUGCUGAAGCCAUACUUCACUGCGCUGGGUGCCAAGCCAAAGCUCCAGAUGCGGUUCUACAAGACGUACGAAUCGAUGCUGGUGGGCUUUAUCAUGGCCUUCUACUUCUUUGUGCAGCUGAGCUGGAUCGGCCCGGCCUUCUUUGUCCUGGCACAGGCUGCAAUCGCAGUGUUUAUUGCCAGGGCCGUGCCCAUGCCUCCGCCGUACACCGAGGGCGCAAAGUGGGAUGUCCCCGACAAGCAGCGGGCCAAGGCCGAGUAGACCCAAGUGCUGUUCAGCACAAUAGCUCGCCCGGUAUGUCCGGAGCUGUGACGCAAUAUGAUCCCCACAGACCUCAGACGCAGCCAAAAAAAAAAACUGAUGUAGCUUGGGCUCGGCGUCUCGAAUUGUGCUUUUCUCCUGGUAUCUUUUUUUCAGGCGGUUUUCUCAAUUUGCAAUUAAUACCGAUAAUGUCGACCGCUGGUGCAGCAGACAUAGACAUUCCCAAACCGACGGUAGAGCAGACGACCAGCCGUUCAGACACGGUUACAAUGGACUACGACUGGCAGCAUCCGAUAUUCAUCCAGACUACAGGCA